CUCGAUUCAAUUUCUCUCUCACCGAGGAAGAUGAAAGAGAGAAAAUCAUAAAAAAAGAAUCCGAAACUCGUCUUGUUUAUAAUAAUAUCGCAAUAAGAAUUCAUUAAGAUUCACACUCCCCUUUUAUCUUCCUCUCUCUCUCUCUCUCAACCUCUGUCUCUCUCUGUCUCUCUCUUUCUCCCCUGUCACCUUCUUAAUUAUCCUCAUCCAUCUUCCUCCUCUCUCUUUCUCUCUUUUCUCUGUCUUCAUCUGUCUUUUUUUCCAAUUUCUCUUACACAAUCAUUUUCUCUCUUCAUGUUUCCAGUUUCUUUUUUUCUCAAUUUUUUUUUACUUUUCAUUACCUUUGUUUCUCUAAUUGUCCUAUUCUUAUUUUCAUAAUUAAUAUUUUCUCUUCUAAAUUUACCUCUACAAUCCUGUUAUUCAUUUAGAUCAUGUGUUAAAUCACCAUAAACAUAAUUACCAACAAUUAACUAACAAUUUCCACAUCUCUAGUAGCGAUUAAAACUCAGCUACCUUGGGAAAUUUUCUCGGUGUUUGUGUUAGUGUUUCAAUCGUUGCAAACGCAAUUUCGGCCUCACAAUUAACCAUCAACAUCGACCAGAGUCUCUUUUCUCCCCCCACCCUCCUCCUAAUCACCUUAACAAUUAAUUGAUUAUUGUACUUUGAUUACAGUUGAUCGUUGGAUAACAUUGAUGUGGUCCUGGUGGAAAUCGAUUCCCCACAAUUUAAUCAAUGCGAAUAUCAUCAAAAGAGAGAAGGCUAAUAUUAUAUGUGAUAAUUUCUAGUUGUAUUUUUGAUCUAAUUGAUCUAAUUGUCCAAUGGAAUCAUUCAUCUUGUCAUCAUCAUCAUUCCAGAAAAUGGUGCUCCCUAAACUCAUCAUCUCACCAAAACAAUCAACUCUCUCAACGAUUGUCAAUUUUUGGAGGUGUCAGUGGACUUAUAUUAAAUUACGAUCUAGGAAAUCCUUCCGUUUCCGUUGAUGAUCAAGUUCGUCCAUCACCUCACCAUUCAUCGUCCGAUUCUUGGGUAUCAGAGGAAUUGUGGCCUAAAGAGAAAUCAAUCAUUCACAUUAAAUUAAUUAAACCAGUUCCUAAAGAAUUAACAAUCAGAGAAUCACGAAACAAAGACACUUACCUGUUGGAUCCAAGUUUAGAUUUUGAUUCACCUUAUCGUCUAAUUUUCAUCAACAAUUGUACUUUAUCAUUUAAAUCAUAUUACGAUGGUUUCACUAGCGAACCAAACAAUCAAGAGAUCACUCGAGAUACAUCAAACAUUCAAGUUCAAAUUACUGGUGGAAUUGAUUGUAAGGAGCUUCCAUUGUCACCUUUGACCGCUUUCUCGGCCAAUUUAACUCACCUUGUGGUCAGAAACACCGGGAUAACCAAAUUAACUAAAUUUCUGUUUGGUGCAAAUCGUUUAGAUAAAUUGAUUCGUUUGGACAUUAUUGAUAAUCAUCUAUUGACGAACCUUCAACCUCGUGCUUUCGAUGGAUUAACCAAACUUUCCUAUCUUAGUUUAAUUAACAAUUCUAACUUGACCAUCAUAGCAUUAGAAUCUUUUGCUGGACUUAAAAGUCUCGAGGAACUUAUUUUCCUAGGCAAUGGUCAAUUCUGGGAUCAGAAUUAUUUUACCACAAUAUUAAGAUCAGCUUCGGAUAAAAUUUUACCAAAUUUGAUUCAUCUUCAUCUACAUGGAGCUCAACUCACCAAGAAUCAAUAUGAAAAUCAGAUUAAAUCUGAAUACUCAUUUAGUACAAUUGAUCAUCAAAGUGAUGAAAAUAAUAAUCCAACUAAUUAUCGUUAUUCAAGUAAAUUAAGAUCAUCAUCAAUUGAAUCAUCAAUUUCAUCUCACCAAAGUCCAGAGGUCAACGGAAUGAAGGUCAAUUAUGAUCGUGGUAAAAGUGGCCUCAAGAUAAACAAAGACGAUUUUAAUGGAUUAACUCAAGUUAAAUACCUACAAUUAAGUGAUUGUGAUAUAACUUAUAUCCACCCAUUAGCAUUAGCACCUUUAUUGCGAAACAUAAUCAGCUUAAAUUUAGCUGGUAAUCCUAAAUUGCGAAUUGACAAUUUAAAAUCAAUAUUAGCACCUUUCUAUGUUUCCAAUGUGAAGUUAAACCUCGAGAGUGAACAAUUAACGGUUAAUUCAUCAUUUCAAAAUUAUCCAAUCUCCAAUUCUCAAUCUAAAAUUGGACUCGUGUCGCUUGACCUUUCACAUUCAAUUGAUACCUCAUAUGUACCUAAAGAUUUACUGACCAUUAUCAGUAAGACAACGAUAACCGAGCUUUAUAUGGACUCAGUACCUUGGCGGUCACUUCGAGAGGGAGAUAUACCACCAAUGCCACACCUGAAAGUUUUACACAUUGACAACAAUCAAAUUGAAACAAUCGACGAGAAAACAUUUGAUGGUUUAGAGGAUUUAAUUAGAUUAAGUUUAAGAGGAAAUUUAAUCCAAGAAAUACCGCUUUACCUAUUGGAACCGCUUCGUAAACUUGAAUAUCUUGACCUGUCUGGAUAUCAGGUUAAAUUGUCAGUAAUCAGUAACAAUCAGAAUGAUGAUGAUGAUCAUCAUCAUGCUGAUAGCAAUAACGGUGAUGAUGAUGAUGAUGGUGGUGGUGGUAAUGAUAAUGAAAGAAAAUCUCAAACUAAUCAACCUGAUAACUUGAUUAAUCAAUAUACUCCUUUGAAUAUACCUCGAAAAUUUUUUGUUGGCACUUCAUUGAAGGAACUGAAUCUGAGUUACAAAAAUCUGACCCAAUUAACUCGAUUCCAGUUUAUUGGAUUAUACAAAUUGGAGAGACUUCAUCUUCGAGGAUGUAAUCUACAAAAUAUUGAGUAUUUGACUUUUUUCCCUUUAAAAUCAAUUGUUUACAUUGAUUUAAGCGAAAACAAUCAACUAAUUGGUAAUGUCCGGUCAUCAGAAGAAGACACUUUCGCUGGACUCGAGGCAAUUGAAAUGAUUCGCUUGGCUAAUUGUAAUUUAACCACUGAAGAUAUAAAUGAUUUCAAUAUUUGGCGUCGGAUGCAUGAACAUGUUCAAUUGUUGGAUUUGUCGUCUAAUUUAAUUGAUCUGAUCAAUAGUACAACUUUGGCUAAUUUUACUGAACUGCGACACAUCAAUUUAUCUCAUAAUCAGAUCAAAAGUUGGCACAAUUAUACAAUUUUCGGUAAAAAUAGUUUCAUUACGACUUUGGACAUUUCGUUUAAUCAGAUAACUCAUUUGACCGCUGAAAUGUUGGGCGAUUUUCGUAACUUGAAAAAUUUAUCCUUUGCUUUUAAUCCGUUAAAUUGUGAAUGUGAUUGGGAUGGACCAUUGUUGCUAUUAGAUCAAAAGCAAAAGAAAUUAAAUCAAGUUCAUCAUGCUAAAAUUCAAGAUCAUAUUCAACAAUUAGUUGAUCGUCAGCAGGAAAUUGUAUCAACCGCUUUCGCCUCAUCACAGGCACCACCAAAAAGUAUCAUCGAAUGGCUAAAUACAACGUCCAUUCAUUUUCUUCUUGACCAUCAUCCCCUCCGAUCUGAUCGACAUUAUUUUUGUCACCAAUCUAAAUCCCCACUCGAACCACCGAUUGUUUUUAAAAAAUUUUUCUACCAAGAUUGUCCCGUAUUAACCUCAUCCCGUUCAAAUUCAAGGGUUUCCGUUGGUAUCUUAAUGGUCACCGUAUGCACGGCACUUUUAUUGGCCGUUUUCCUCCUGGUAAUAGCUUUUAUUUACAAUACAACGAUACGAAAUUUACUAACUAUGGUCGAUGAUGAUUUCCUUCACAAUUAUCAGUACGAUGCUUUUGUCUCAUAUAAUGUUAACGAUUCCGAUUGGGUUUUCAAUAUUCUAGUUCCAGCUCUUGAAGAUUUACCUGCCGAUGAACAUUGUGAGGGUCAGUCAACAAUCAAAUUCAACAACAAUAACAAUCAAUCAUCAACAGAGUUAACUAAUCAACAACACUCAUCGUCAGGUAAAAGUCACGUUAAAUUGUGUGUCUAUGAUCGUGAUUUUAUCGCAGGCCGACCGAUUAGUGAAUGUAUCACCGAGUCAAUUCGUAACAGUCGUAAAGUGAUUCUAAUUAUUUCAAAUAAUUUCGCUCAAAGUCCUUGGUGCCGUUUCGAAACUGAUCUUGCCCAUAAUACGUUAAUGGAUCAAAACCGUGAAGGUUUAAUUCUGAUCAAAUUGGAAGAAAUGUCAAGUGAAGUGUUGGAAAAAGUUGCACCUCAAUUGCAUUUCCUAUUAAAGACCAGAAUUUAUCUCACUUGGUCGGAAUCUCUUCAUGAGCAGGAAAUUUUCUGGAAAAAGUUACGACGAGCUUUGGGUUUUACUAAACCUUAUGGAACCGUUAAACAAUAUUAUAAGAAUUACGUUGGUGGGCUAACCAAAGAUCGUCGACAAUCAAUUGGACAUUUAAACAAUUCGAUACCAACAUCAGUGAAUAAUAAUUCUAAUAACAAUUAUGGUAAAGACGAAGUUCAUGUUUCCUUUACCAGGAAAACUUUAUCUUCUUCUCGUGAAUCUUUACCGAGUAACGAUUCGGGUAUAAUUACAAUCGAUGACAGUGGAUGUGUUUCAGUUAAUGGAGAUGAUUCAGUUGAUAAUGUAACAGAAUUUAUCGUCGAUCAGAAAGAAAUACUCGAAGAAUCUAAUCAACAGAACAAUUUAGACCAAGAAACAGGUAGAAAAUCAAAUGAACGUAAAGUUACCUCGGUGGCGAUUCAAUUGUUAAAUGUAAUUGGUAACAAUUCAGAGGAAGAUGAGACAAUUGGAAAAGAUGGAGAUGAAGAAGAAGAUGAAAAUGAUCAAUUGAAAGAGGAACAAUUUAUUAGUCUAGAAAUGGACGAUAAUCAUCACCACGUUGACCACUAAUUGUCCAUUCAAAAUGGAAGAAAAGAAAAUCCAAUGGAAAAGAAAAAAGUUCUGUUUUCUAUUCGGAAAACUUCAAGGAUGAGAUUAUUUUUCCAUGAAAUUUAUUCACCAAAAAUGAUCAACAGUAUUCCCGAGUCCCUGGUGAUGAUUUGUUCGUGAAGAUGAUUAAUAAUCAACCCUGAUAAUAAUUCUCGGUUCUCUCUCACUUGUGUCCAUCUUUUUCAUGGAUUCAUGAAAACCUGUUGACCAAUGAUGAUGAUGAUGAUGAUGUUGAUUAUCAUGAUAAUUAAUUUCACCUCAAUUAAUUUGAGGCUUAAUGAUAAAUGUAUUUGUCCCUCUGUGUAUGUUUAUAAUCAUCUGUAGAUAUGAAAAACAUUUACUAUUAAUUUUCAAUUUGUUUUAUAAAUAAAUUGAAUUGAAAACAACAACAAA